AUGAAGAUCACUUUUGCUUCUGCUUUGCUCCUCUUGGCAUUCACUUCAAUCUCCCACGCCGCUCCAGUCGGUAAUGGCGCCGCAAUUGGUGCUUCCGCUAGCGCACCCGGUAGUAACGCAAAUGAUGUUGCCAGUGGAGUUCCUGUCGAUCAAGUAACAGGUACUGCCAAUCAAGUAACAGAUACUGGUAAUAAUAAAGCAACAGAUACUGGUGAUAAAGUAACAGGUACUGCUAAAGGAACUUCUGUAAGCGUUAAAGCUGCUGGCGUAAAAUUAUCGGUUGAGCAUCGUUCAUUGAAUGAAGUAAAAACUACUGUCGAUGGAGUUACAAGUCAACUCGGAAUUAAAGCAAAUGAUCUUGCCAAUGGAGUAACAAACUCUGGAUCAGCAGACACUGGUAAAGGAGUUGCUGUAAACGUUAAAACUGGUGGCUUAAAACGUCGUUCAGUGGAGCAAGUAACAAAUACUGUCGAUGGAGCUACAGGUCAACUCGGAAUUAAAGUAAAUGAUCUUGCCAAUGGAGAAACAAACUCUGGAUUAACAGAUACUGUUGGUAAAGUAGAAG